CCUCUGGAACCGCCAGAGCUCGGUUGCCUGGCAACGGCGCGGCGUGACGUCACGCCCGCGCGACAGCCGCCUGCCCGCCCCGCGCCGGAAGGGCCUUGGCGCGGCGGUGACGUCGGCGCUUCCUUCUUUCCCAGCGAGGCCCUAGUCGAGGACGCCAUGGGCCGCGUUAUCCGAGGCCAGAGGAAGGGCGCGGGCUCCGUCUUCCGCGCCCACGUGAAGCAUAGGAAGGGCCCGGCCAAGCUCCGCGCCGUCGACUUCGCCGAGAGGCACGGAUACAUCAAGGGUAUCGUCAAGGACAUCAUCCAUGAUCCUGGCCGAGGCGCUCCCCUUGCCAAGAUUGCCUUCCGUGACCCGUACAGGUUUAAGAAAAGAACUGAGCUGUUCAUUGCCGCUGAGGGUAUUCAUACUGGUCAGUUCGUUUACUGCGGCAAGAAAGCUCAGCUGAACAUUGGCAAUGUUCUACCUGUUGGCACCAUGCCGGAAGGCACCAUCGUGUGCUGCCUCGAGGAGAAACCUGGUGACCGUGGAAAGCUGGCCCGUGCUUCUGGAAACUACGCCACUGUUAUCUCUCACAACCCUGAAACAAAGAAAACCAGAGUGAAGCUGCCUUCUGGCUCCAAGAAAGUGAUUUCUUCUGCAAACAGAGCUGUUGUUGGAAUUGUUGCUGGUGGGGGUCGUAUCGACAAGCCCAUCCUGAAGGCUGGCCGGGCCUAUCACAAGUACAAGGCGAAGAGAAACUGCUGGCCGCGUGUCCGUGGUGUGGCCAUGAAUCCUGUAGAACAUCCCUUUGGUGGUGGUAACCAUCAGCACAUCGGGAAGCCUUCAACCAUCAGGAGAGAUGCUCCUGCUGGACGCAAAGUUGGUCUCAUUGCUGCGCGUCGUACGGGUCGACUGCGUGGAACAAAGACUGUGCAGGAAAAGGAGAACUAAAGACCCAGCAUGGAGUUCACAGAAUAAAUUUCUAAAACACA